UUCCUUCUGUUUCUCUUUCGCCAUUCAUGUUGUGAAUUUUUCGCUCAGUCCGUUGAAUACUGGUUGGGUGUGUAGACGUGUGUUGAAUUAAAAUAUAAAAAUUCAACUAUGACUUCCCCAACAAAUAUGACAAUUUCAAGUCAAGUUAAAAUGGAAAAUCUGUUAGAUCCAGAUGCUGAUGUUACAUUUGGCUUCUGGUUGAAUGGUGUUGGAAUUAUGUUAAUUGGAUUGAUGGGAAUCUUUGGAAAUAUGGCAUCAAUUCGUGUGUUGUCACACAAACAAAUGAGAUCAUCACCAAAUUUUAUUUUGAUUGCAUUGGCAUCAUCAGAUUUGAUUUUGAUCAUCACAUCGAUUCUUCUCUUUGCGUUGACAACUAUUUAUCCUUACAAUGGAUGCUUGAAACAUUAUUACUUUGUUACACAGCCGAUGCUCGCUGGUCUCACAUAUCCAGUUGCAAUCAUUGCACAAACGAUCAGCGUUUACAUGACAUUUUUAAUCUCGUUUGAACGCUACAUUGCUGUCUGUCACCCACUCAAAGCGAAAUCGUUCUGUACACAAACACGCACCAAGAUGUCCAUUUUUGUCAUCGUCUUUAUGUCGAUUUUGUACAACAUACCAAAAUUCUUUGAGAUAAAUUUGAAUGAGAGUCAAGACGAAGAAUUUGGAAAAUUUUAUUACGUCAGUGCAUCCAUGCUUAGAACUAACAAACUCUACAUUACAAUCUACAUAAAUUGGUUAUAUUUUAUCUUUAUGAAUCUCAUUCCUUUAUCGAGUAUAACGAUCUUCAACAUUAGGAUCUAUCGACAAGUGCAAAUAGUGAACAGAAUGAGAGUAAAACUGACGAGUAAAGAAAGACAAGACAUCAAACUGACGACAAUGUUGUUUUGUGUUGUGAUAGUUUUCCUUUGUUGUAACUGUCUAGCAGUUGUUACAAAUAUUGUAGAAACGCUUCAUAUUCACAAUGAUAUACUCACGAAGACUUCAAAUUUCUUCGUGACAGUCAAUUCAAGUGUGAAUUUCAUCAUUUAUGUUGUACUUGUUAGAAAGUUCCGAACGAUAUUCAUAAGAGAGUUCAGCUCUUUAUGUGGAUGUCAUGAUGGAGGAAUGCAGAGAGGUAAGACAAGGAAGUUUUUCCGACAACUCACAUUUUCAUCGGACAAUUCAGAAACGAUCAUGAAUGAAACAAAAUAG